AUGGAAUUAGAUGCUUCAGCUGGCCAGAAAGCAACCUCUCCCAUUUCCAGUCAAGUCUUGGAGAUAUCACCCAUCGUACCUCACAUAGUCCUUUUUAUAACAAAGCCGACAUUUCCCAACUUUUCAUCAUCUUUAAGCUAUGCGCGACUUCGCAUUGCUUGUCAUGAUUUUCAGGUUUGUUGCAUGGUGAUGAAGAUUAGUUUAGACUGCAAUGGAUGCUGCAGAAAAAUGAGGAGAAUAAUUCUCAGGAUGAAAGAAAUUGAGACACACUCGAUAGAGAAGCAACAUUCAAGGGUAAUCGUGUGUGGGAGAUUCGUUCCAGCGGAUAUAGCAAUAAAGAUAAGGAAGAAGAUGAAAAGAAGAGUCGAGAUUCUGGAAAUAGAGGGAUUAAGCAGUGGCAGUGAUGGACGUACAGAACAAGGGCCAGCACCAACCCAUGUCCCAGACCAUACCAUUCCAAUGCCCGAUCUCCAAGUCCCGGACCCUCAUGCCAUAGCUCAACAUGCCUAGUUUCAAUUUCUCCUGGUUUGGGUGGGAAAAAAAAAUGUCAGUCAUGAACCUAACGAAAAAGGGCACCACCAGAUGUUAAUUUUAGACAAGAGACCGAUUCUGGGAGAACAGGAAGACUCCGGGGGGAACCUAAUGGAUUUGUCUGAAAAAGAUGAAGGAAGGAAAAUCGAAAGAAGAAGUAGGAUUGGAAAUGUACAUGUUAAGAUUUAGUAACAUUUGUACAUUGGUUUAGACUACUUCCCCGCUCUUUGGCUUUUUCUUUCUUUUAGCAUU